UGCUCAUCUACUAUUUUCUACAUCAAACAUACCCUUGUACAUCAUAAAAAGUAUCAAUCAUAUUUUUCUGUUAAAAUUUUCGUAAAAAAUUGUCAACCAUUGUCGAACCAUGGUUUAGUGGACACAAGUAUCUAAAAUACCACAAUAUUUUCACUUAAAUAUUAUUUGUUUCUUUUCUAUAGCUCAAUAUUCCUAAAAAUAUCACUUUAAUGAAAUUUAAAGAAGUAAAUGGAGGGGCAAACUUACAUUUUCCUUCCCAUUUUACCGAGGUUAGGUCGUCUGAACCACAAUUUGAUCAUGGGUGAUGAUUUUUGAAUAAAAAUUUGAACAGAAGGGCAAGUUUAAUAAUCUUUCUAAAAUAUAGGGAUAUGUUUGAUUUAAAAAAUAGCACAGAGUCAUGUUUCAUUAAACUCCAUAGUAUAAGGAGAUAUUAUUACAAUAAUCGUAAAAAGUAUUAGCCAUAUAUUUGUAACGCAUCAAAGUGUUUGUCAUUUGUAUGUUAUCGUUAAUAACUUUGUAACUCUUUUCUUUAAACUCAACAUCAUGUUGCCAAGUCAUCACUACUUACAAAAAUUCUAGCGGAAAGUUAAUGUUUGACUAAUACUUUAAGGUAUGCCUAUGGUUAGUUACAAGUCAUCGUAACUUGGAGAAAAUGGUCUACCUCUUCUAGUAAGCAGUUAACCACUUUCCAAGAAAACGGUCUACCGCUUUCAUCAAAUGGUCGACCUGAUGACACUUACUUUCAACUGAAACCUGUUUGUUGAAAAUGGUAGAUUGCUUCCACUAAACGGUCUACCGAUUCCGACAAAUAAUCUACUACUUCCGGCGAAUGGUUAACCAGAUGAUAUAGUUACCUUCUACUUACACUAGGAAAAUAAUGGACAAUAGGAAGCGUACAAUGCAUAAUCGUUUUGUAGUAAUGGAACAUCAUAUCACUCGUGCGCAACCAAAUCUCUAUGCAUAUUAUAGACCUAGACAAAAAGAAUUAACACCCUACUUUAACACUUAUGGAAUAAAACCCGAUAAAAGAAGAUGAUAUGAGAUUUAUGGAUGUUGAAGAUGAAAUUAAUGUAGAACAAUUAUACUCUACCUAUUAAGUAUCUUCAUAACAACAAUAGCAACAAAGUUUAUCUAUUACAAGAUAGCUAUAGAAUAAAAAAGCAAACUUAGAGUUUGAAGGAAAGAUAAAAAUCUCUAUAGAAUAAGUAAAAAUCUAAGAAAUAAAUGUACAUAACAUAUUUCAAAUAUACGGGAGAACAAUCACUCGAAAAACUUCUCAUUUAUGCUCCAGUCUCUAUACUAAUUGUAACUCUAUUACCAAGAUAUUUAUUAGCAUUUGACUCCUCUAAUUGUAGAUGAUGAUGUGAUUAACAAUGGGUCAUCAGAUUGACUGGUUGUUGGAAGCGAUGAACCGCUUGGUGAAACCGAUAGUUCGUUUUCUUAGAAAGUGGUUGACCACUUAGUAGAAAAUGUAGACCAUUUUCUUGAAAAGUGGUAGACCGCUUAGUGGAAGAAGUAAACCGUUUUCUUGAAUAGUGGUCGAACACUUAGGGGUCGUUUGGAGAACAGGAUUUGGAUGAUGGAUUUAUUGAAUCCAUAGAUUUGGCAAAAUGUUAUGUUUUUUUGCUAUUUUUGUAUCGUGGAUUGUAGGUUUAGAGAUUUUAAAUCUCUAAAAUCUAGAGAUAUCAAAUCUCUCAUAAUUAGAGAGAUUCUACAUCUUGAUUUUAGAGAUUUUUUUUCUUACUCUAUCUCAUCCUUUUUUUAAUUUAUCCCACUAAAUAUCCUUAUUGAUAAAUUUUUCAAUAUUUUUUUAGCCAAUUUAAUUAUUUUGGUUAAGAAAAAACAUGUCAUUUUAUAAACAAAUAUAAUUUCUUUUUUUAUUGUAUGUUAACAAUUGCAAUUAUCAAACAAUGAACAUUUCUAAAUCUUUUUUCAACAAUCUUGAGAGUUCAAAUCUUUGAAUUGUUUAGAAUCUAGAGAUUUAGACUCUAAUUCUCUAAACGAGCCCUUAGUGGAAAGAGGUGGAUUGUUUUCUUGAAAAAUGUUCGACCACUUAGUGGUAGUCCAAACAUUUUAUAUUUAGAAAGAUUUGAAAUAACUUUAAAUUUUUUGUAUAAUUAAUUGCAUUUACUCUUGUUUUAUUCCUGUCCUAAAAGAGAACUAGAAAAAGAUAAGGUGACUGAUCCAGCCCGGGAAUAGAUCCAAUAGAAGUGGGUCGGGACUCGAGAACGAACGGAGAGGAUAAAAUAAAUCGGCACCACCAUUCUGCUGUCUCUCGCCUUCGCAUGGCGAUUCUGCAAAUCCGGUCGGGUUUACCCACUCCAACGUUCCGUCUGUCCGGGCCACGCGCCGCCUUCAAGCCGCCACUGCUCCUCCACCUUCCUGCACAGCAUCCGUCACUUCUGUUGGCUGGCGGUGGACGUCGGAAGAAGACGGAGAGAGGGUGGACGGUGGUGAGGCGCGCAGGGCCGAGCACCAGCAGUUACAUUUUCGCUCUAGCGUUACCCCUCAGUCUUCUGGUCUUCACCGUCUUCACUUCCAUCCGAAUUGCGGAUAAGCUGGACAGCGACUACUUGGAGGAGCUCGAACUCAAUCAGGCCAUCAUGGAAGCACAAGGCAUUGAAUACGAAGCAGAUAAUGAAGAUGAAGAUGUUGAUGGGGCUGACAUUGCUCCAGGGCAGGAGGAAUUGCAGCUGCCUGUCCCUGCCUUUGGUGGCAGCAGUCGAACUCGCACUCGCAACCGGCCAAAACGCGAGGUCUGAGCUGAGUUGUGGCGGCCAUUUUGAGAUUGAGCUGUCUCUCUGUAUGAGUUUGAUCUUUAUUUUAAAAUCACAGCAACGCAUUUGAACAACCGCUACUAGCAGCACAUUUAUUGUAAUAAAUGUAGUUCGGCUGCUGUUACAGUUGUAGAACAACCCAUCCUUCUAUAUAUUACAGGUAGCUAUAAUGUAUACAUUGCUAGAAGCUGUAAGACCUCCUGACAAACUGUUACACACCCCAAUUUGUUGGUGUCGGACAGCUUCUUGCUCCUCGGGCAACAGCUUGCCAUGUUACUGCAGAAAUUAGAGGGCAGCUCUGUCAGUCGUUUGAAAGGAAGCCGGAUUGCUAUCAUUGAACAAUAAUCAGUUGCUAUCAUGUAACCGAUAACACAGUUGAUCGACCGAAAAUUGCUUUUAAUAGUUGUCUGGUUCAUAUCAGUCCUGCCAAAGGAUGCAGAUUUCAUGCUAACAGGACAAACACUGUGAUAAAACAGGGUCUAUCAUAUUUGAUAUUUGGGAAUUGAAUUAGGGUUUAUACGAACAGAAUUAGGGAUUGAGAUUGGAAUUAAGAGAGGAAGAACAGAAUAAAGAAUCGGCCGAAGCCUUGGACUAGGCGAGAAGAGAAAUUAGGGAAUAGAGAGAGCUUAGGGUU